UUUAUUUUGAAGGUUAAUAGCGGAAGUUCUUCUCUCCACCCCGCCUUAUGACUUGACUGUGCCAUGUCAGAGUGAGGCAGUAUUUCAAGGAAUCGCCAAUCCGUGAGUGUGGCCUGUUGGUGUGGGCAUGAGAGGAAAUCAGGAGCGUUAACCAGGUAGUUCCCGGAGUACAGGCCGCCGCACGGUACGGCAGCGUCUAUCCGAACGGGACCACCCGGCUGCUGCUGGCUCGCUAAGCUAGCUCACAUCAAGCCGCUGACUGACCCAGGAUUCAGGCGGAGAGCGGGGCCUCUGGCUGCUACGGCUCGGUUUUCAAAGAUAUUCUGAUACUCUGUCGGUUUUCUGGAGCGACAUCCUGCUGAGAUGGAGAAUCUGAGAGAAGCGCUGGAGAAGCUGAGGCUUGUGUCUACAGACAGCACCACUGACAGGACGGAGACCAGUCUGGACUGCCUGCUGACUGCACUCGCCCAGAACAACACCGAAGCCAGCAGGAAGAUGCAGGAGAUGGGUGUUCUUCCCUUGCUCCCCACCCUGCUGAGCCCGCAGUCUUCCUGCACCCCCAAAGUUGCCAACAUCAUAGCUGAGAUGGCCAAAAACGAGUUCAUGAGGAAUCGCUGUGUGGAAGCCGGCCUCAUCCCUCCUCUAGUUCAGCUGUUAAACUCCGCCGACCAGGAGGUUUUACUGCAAACCGGCCGAGCACUUGGCAACAUCUGUUAUGACAGCCAUGAGGGCAGGAAUGCAGUUCACCUGGCAGGAGGGGCUCAGAUAGUAGCUGAACACAUUAAAUCCUUCUCCCAAAAUACUGAUCCGGAAAAUGAGAGGCUCUUGACUGUCUUUUGUGGCAUGCUGAUGAACUAUAGCAAUGAUAAUGAUACCUUACAAGCCCAGCUGAUUAAUAUGGGUGUUAUACCCACCCUGGUGAAGCUGCUGGGCAUCCAUUCCCACAACAGCGCCCUGACAGAAAUGUGUCUGAUUGCCUUUGGCAACUUGGCAGAGCUGGAGUCCAGCAAGGAGCAGUUUGCCUCCACCAAUAUUGCUGAGGAGCUGGUGCGUCUCUUCCAGAAGCAGACGGAGCAUGAGAAAAAGGAGAUGAUCUUUGAAGUUCUGGCUCCACUUGCUGAAAAUGAUAUUAUAAAGCUGCAGCUGGUGGAGGCAGGCCUGGUGGAGUGUCUCCUGGAGGUGGUGGGUCAGACUGUGGAUGGUGAGAGGGAGGAGGACAUUGCCCAGCUCAAGACUGCCUCUGACCUCAUGGUUCUCCUGCUUCUCGGGGAUGAGUCUAUGCAGAAGCUGUUUGAGGGAGGAAAAGGCAGCGUCUUCCAGAGGGUCUUGUCUUGGAUUCCAUCCCACAACCACCAGCUGCAGCUCGCUGGGGCUUUGGCCAUCGCAAACUUUGCCCGCAACGAUGGGAACUGCAUCCAUAUGGUGGACACUGGAAUUGUUCAGAAACUUCUGGAGCUGUUGGACCGCCAUGUUGAAGAAGGCAACGUAACUGUGCAGCAUGCAGCCCUCAGCGCUCUACGGAACCUAGCUAUACCUGUGGUGAACAAAUCCAAAAUGCUGUCCGCUGGUGUAGCAGAUGUGGUUUUAAAGUUUUUGCAAUCAGAGAUGCCUCCAGUCCAGUUUAAACUACUGGGAACGUUACGGAUGCUCAUCGAUACUCAAGCUGAAGCUGCUGAGCAGCUGGGGACCAAUGGGAAGCUGGCUGAGAGGCUAGUGGAGUGGUGUGAAGCCAAAGAUCACGCAGGGGUGAUGGGCGAGUCCAACCGGCUCCUGUCGGCUCUGAUUCGACACAGCAAGUCUAAGGAAGUUGUCAGGACUGUGAUCCAGAAAGGAGGAGUCAAGCACUUAGUAACCAUGGCAACCAGUGAACAUAUGAUCAUGCAGAACGAAGCGCUGGUGGCGUUGGGGCUCAUAGCGGCGCUGGAUUUGGUUGCAGCUGAGAAGGACUUUGUUGGAGCCAGCCUGGUGCCGGUGCUUCACAAGCUGUUGUCAGAUGAAAGGAGCGCACCAGAAAUAAAAUACAACUCCAUGAUCCUCAUCUGUGCAGUCAUGGGCUCAGAACCUCUUCACAAAGAGGUGCAGAGCCUGGCGUUUAUCGAUGUGGUCUCCAAGCUGAGAGCUCAUGAAAACAAGACUGUGUCUCACCAGGCCUCGCUCACAGAGCAGCGGCUAACUGCCCAGAGCUAAAUGACUGUGUCCACUCCCACCCACAUGCCCACGCCCCUGAAUGCCUGCCUGACCACCUUACACCUAACUGACACCUCAUGACUGCUCCCCCUGUUGUGCCCCGUCGUCAUGUGCCAAGGUACCGCGUCGCAUUAACUGCCAGCCAGACAUUUGCCCCUCUCUGUCCUUCUGUCCCCAGUACAUAUCCUACAGCCUCAGUCUUAGAAAAAACCCAUUUUAGAAUUCAAGAACAACUGAAAUUUGUAACUAAUGAACAGAAUCUACUCAUAUAUGAUAUGUUGAGGUCAGAAAAGCUUCCAAGACGUCCAGAGGAUCCACAUACUUUCUGCUGGAAAGCCAUAAAAUGAUUGAGGUGGCAUGCUGAGGCAGGUGUCCUUUAGGCUUUUCACACUGAUGUCUUUACUGUGGAUAGAGUUCCCACCAGUGAUGAACUGCUAUUUGACCUGAGCUGAUAUAUCAGUCUAACUAGUAGCCCAGCCCCAUCGGUGCAUGUAUGUUCUGCCCCCAGCCUGAAGCAACAAGAAGAGACGACGCUCUUUUAAGGCCACAGCUGUGACACCAGUAACCCACCAUAACAACAUGCACAAAGAGUAUGAAAAGUAAAAAAGUUGCUUGUUCUGGUUUAUUUUUUUCAAGCAGCCUUCCAUGAUGUUCCCAGUCAUGUCUCAUAUAGCUGGAGUAUAAUCUGAGUAGAACCUGUGCAUGUUUUUGUCCUGUUCAAGCUGUGACUGUGUUCAUUUUUAACUCUACUGCUGCCUGCUUCAUUCUCCACCGACACUUCAGGUCCUUAACUCUUUAUUCGCUCUUCCUAAGCCUUGGAUUUAGAGAUUUUAGCGUUGAAGUUCCACAGCUGUCCCAGCACACUCCCUAAUCCAGUGGCUGGACUGUGAAAGCAGAGCCCCAGCCAAUGUCCAACCUGUCCCUGAAGAAGAGCUGUCUUCAGACUAGGUGCAGCUAGGUUUAGGUCAGAAAAUGUCACUCUGGACAGUUGGGAAUAUGCUUUUCCCGACUGAAGCAUUAUGUAAAAUGUGUUGAACCAUCAGCAGAUAUACACAAGUCUUAGCUGGAGCUCUUUGCCUUGAUCUACCAUCAGACUUCAUGUUGUGGUCUGUCUUCUACGUCUCCUUGUAGUUUCUCAGCAGAUUUUACUGGUACAAUAUCAAAAGUACAUAUAAACCAAUUCCUUUGACCAAUCAAUUUAAAUCAUGUUUACAGAAAGUUUUAUUAUAGCUUCUAGUUGCAAAUCCAAAUUUGUCACUACACAGUUAAAUCUGUGUAAAAUGACUAUUUAUUACGCUGUGGAUGAGGCUGAUUUUUUGAUAUUUUGUAGAUAAUAGACGCUAUGAAGAGCAGUUCCCUUCCCCCAAACCUAUUGGUUGUUCGGGUCUGAGGGGGUUCCUGCUGACAUGCCCAUCUGAGCAUGUGCAACACUGUGCCGUGUUCCUGGCCUGGGCCCGCACUUCUUGUUUUUAAAGAUAUGAAUGGUUAUUUAUCAGAUUUGUGAUCUACUGAAGACUCACACCAGUGGAGAUGUAUCCAUUGUAACUGCAUAAAAUAUUGUCAACAUAAGUGUUUGUUGUAAAUGUUCUGAGUUGUACAUUUUAAAGACUCAACAGACAAUUAAAAAAUAUCUGGUGAUGUUCGAA